UUAAGACACACACACACACACACACACACACACACACAUCUCAGACCACUUGAUACACAGAGACACACACAUUGAUGAUGACACAUGAUUUGAUAGCUCGUUGCGUUGUUUUCCCAUGAGUUUUAUUCAAGUCCAGUAGGUAAAAAAGGUGGUUUCUCUUGGCACAAGCAGACAAUUAUACUGACGUUCACGCUCUUGAUAGAACGACACCAUGCACUGUGUGAGCAGAGGAGGCUGUUACCUGGUGAACUCCUGCUGUGACCUUCACGAGGACAACCAGUGGAAGAAAGAGAGCUACCAAGCAUGUUGGCUGAGCCUGGUCAUUGAAACAAGACCACAAUACAAGCUGACGCUGUCAGAGACAGACAGCAUUCGAAGAGAGAGUUACAAGCAGCAACAGGUGGUCCACUUCAUGGUGGAGAGGAGUCCCAGCCAGACACUGAGGCUGGGCAGUCACAAUGGAGCGAUGAAAGAGCACCACCUACCCUUCUUCAAUACCAGCAGGUACCCGUAUCACGCCAGAUCUGCCUUUGGGUGCGCAGAAACGCAGCCAGCCACUCCAGAGAGGGUGAAUGAUGGAGUGGAUGACCAGGAAGUGACUUCCAUAACUCAGGAUCUUGGAAAGCCAAUCAGAGUGAACUUCAGAGCUUCCAGCCUGAUGUCCUCACCGAGGGAAAUCUCUCACCGAGUGCAGAGGAGGGAGUGAGGGAGAGGAGGAGUUAUCUAAAAUUACAAUACAGAAAAUACAACACAGCCUUCGUUCCUGUUAUUUACAUACCAGUAUGUGUAAGGUAAAAUCUGCGUAUAAAUUGUAUGAACUAUCUAAACUGUGACUUUGAAAAAAUGUUAGCUCCUGAUGAAAUGAGCCUCGUAAAUAUUGUACAUAUCACAUCUACCAAGUAACUUAUAUUUUGGUAUCAUCCAAACAAGAGUCUUAGAUGGAGUAAAAACUGCAAGAAGUUUAAUAAUAUUCUGUACUGUAGAUAUGAACACAUUCUGAAGCUGGUUAUUUUUACUAUAUGCUAUGCUUCAGGAAGAUGUAUUGUCAUUGUCAGUGAUGGCUAAAAAGCUUCAUAAAAUGUGUCUGGAACUUAAUUUUGCAUUGAGUUUUAUGUCAUAUUAAAGUUGCUAAAAUUGUCCUAUUGGGGAAAAUAUAAUAAACAACUCUACCUAGAUGUAUUUUGUUUGUAA